GUGCAAGAUCCUAAGCCUUCUGGCCCGGCGCGCGGCUUCAAAGGCGCUUUGAAGAAAUCUGAGUUCCGAAGAAGUGUAAAGGAGACCCGGAGGAGUGGGCAGGACCUGCUUCACGCAGUAGUUUGUCCUGUACGGCUACCCGUCCGCAUACGAAUCUAGCCCGGGAACUAAGAUUCAAGAGAGCGCAGUCACCAGCCGGGAGCCUGUCGGUUCCAGACACCCUCCGGACUGACAAGAUGUGCUCCCUGGGGUUGUUUCCCCCGCCGCCGCCUAGAGGUCAAGUCACCCUGUAUGAGCACAAUAACGAGCUGGUGACCGGCAACAGCUAUGAGAGCCCGCCUCCCGACUUCCGGGGCCAGUGGAUCAAUCUUCCUGUCCUACACCUGACCAAGGAUCCCCUAAAAGCUCCUGGGAGGCUGGACCAUGGUACAAGAGCUGCCUUCAUCCAUCAUCGGGAGCAAGUGUGGAAGAGGUGCAUCAAUGUUUGGCACGAUGUGGGUCUUUUUGGAGUCCUGAAUGAAAUUGCAAAUUCAGAGGAAGAAGUGUUUGAGUGGGUAAAGACAGCCUCCAGCUGGGCCCUGGCUCUCUGUGGCCGGGCCUCCUCCCUCCAUGGCUCCUUGUUCCCACACCUCUCACUCAGGAGUGAGGAUCUGAUUGCUGAAUUUGCCCAAGUCACUAACUGGUCCAGCUGCUGCUUACGGGUCUUUGCCUGGCAUCCUCACACCAACAAGUUUGCAGUGGCCCUGCUGGAUGACUCCAUCCGUGUUUAUAAUGCCAACAGCACUAUAGUUCCCUCCCUGAAGCACCGUCUACAGCGAAAUGUGGCAGCACUGGCCUGGAAGCCCCUCAGUGCCUCUGUCUUGGCUGUGGCCUGCCAGAGCUGUAUUCUCAUCUGGACCCUGGACCCCACUUCCUUAUCUACGAGACCCUCCUCUGGCUGCGCCCAGGUCUUGUCUCACCCUGGGCACACACCAGUCACCAGCUUGGCUUGGGCCCCCAAUGGGGGGUGGCUGCUCUCAGCCUCACCGGUAGAUGCUGUUAUUCUGGUAUGGGACGUUUCAACAGAAACCUGUGUCCCCCUUCCUUGGUUCCGAGGAGGAGGGGUUACCAACUUGCUGUGGUCCCCAGAUGGCAGCAAAGUCCUGGCUACAACUCCUUCCGCUGUCUUUCGAGUCUGGGAGGCCCGGAUGUGGACUUGUGAGGGGUGGCCAACUCUCUCAGGGCGCUGCCAGACUGGCUGCUGGAGUCCAGACGGAAAACGAUUGUUGUUCACUGUAUUGGGGGAAGCAUUAAUUUAUUCCUUGUCAUUCCCAGAACCAUGUGGAACAGAGAAAGGACAUGUUGGAGGUGCAAAGUCAGCCACCAUCGUAGCAGAUCUUUCUGAGACAACAAUUCAGACCCCAGAUGGAGAGGAGAGACUCGGGGGAGAGGCUCACGCCAUGGUUUGGGACCCUAGUGGUGAACGACUGGCUGUGCUCAUGAAAGGAAACCCACGGGUUCAGGAUGGGAAUCCUGUCAUCCUCCUUUUUCGAACUCGAAACAGCCCCGUGUUUGAGCUGCUUCCCUGUGGUGUUAUUCAGGGGGAGCCGGGAGCCCAAGCCCAGCUCGUCAGCUUCCAUCCUGCUUUCAACAAAGGGGCCUUGCUCAGUGUGUGCUGGUCCACAGGCCGAAUCACCCACAUCCCUCUGUACUUUGUCAACGCCCAAUUUCCACGCUUUAGCCCAGUGCUUGGUCGGGCCCAGGAGCCCCCAGCUGGAGGUGGAGGCUCUGUUCAUGAAGUACCACUAUUUACUGAGACAUCACCAACCUCUGCCCCUUGGGACCCUCUUCCAGGACUACCAUCUGCUCAACCCCACUCCCCUCACUCCCACUUGUAAAUAAAGUUUUUCUUGUUUCCACUCAUUUACCAGG